AUGGCAAAGUUCGCGAUCGUCGCGAUCGUCCUCCUGGCGAGCACCGGCUCGCUAUCCCAGAGGCUAAUUAGAGAAACGUCCGCGCAAUCCACAGAUGAGCAUACAGCGGCUAUCAGGGACAUCCUGCAGAAGAUUUCGGGCGGGAAAUCGAAUGUGGAGGACGACGCAAAGCUCGUCGAGAUCAUUCAAGAAGCGAUUGUGAGGACCGCGGAGGAAAUUAAGACGCCCGCGGGAUCGAUCGAAGCGGCCGCGAAAAAGGCGCAAAUAUUAGUAGCCGAAUUGACGUCGGCGUACACAAACGCUAUUUACAAAUCCAAAUCCCCGGAGGAGGGCCGAGAAAACUUUGGACGCUUUCAGAGUACCGUCCAGGCGAUUGUGGAGUUCAUUAAAAACGGUCAAUUUUUAAAGUAG